AUGAAAUCCACCACACUCGCCAACAGCGUUCUCGCUGUCGCAGUGACACUCUUCUCCAUCCUCUUCACAACCACCGCCCAUAUCGCCAUCUCAAACCCACCUGCUCAGGCUGGACCUUGGUCCCAAAGCCCAAGGAGCGAUGUCCAUGCUUGGAUCGGCUUUGAAGGCAAGCCGUUUCCUUGUGGCGGCUAUAGGAAGGGUCCAGUAACGACCUAUCAGGCCGGCCAAGUGAUCAACGUUACGUUCUGGAACUUCCAGGUCAAGGACAGCACUGUAUUCCCUCCACCUGCAGGUGUGCCACAGGCACGGCAUGGCGGUGGUGCUUGCGAGUUCUCGCUGUCGUACAACGCCGGAAAGACCUGGCAUGUCAUUGGACAAUACACCAAGACCUGCCCAGAUCUCUACUACCGGUGGCCAGUGCUAGUGCCGAGCAACGUCCCUAGCUGUACAGAUUCGGACAGAUGUCUAUUCGCGAUGUCAUGGACAGCCUUUUCAACGAACCAGUUCUAUCAUCAUUGCGCGAAUGUCAUCAUCGAAGGCAAGGAUCAAGGUGGUGCCCUGCCUCCACUUCAAAUGACUAUUGUUGAUGUGCAGCAGCUAGGACAACAAUUGGAUACUCAUGCGGAUGGUGACAAAUUAUCUACGACGUCCACGGGCCCCCAGUCUGACGAGCUGGAGCAGAACCUGAGCGGGUACUUCGCUGCGGGAGGCGGUGCAGGAACGAGCGGACUAAACCUUGGCCUCAUCCGUAGUAAGCCUAAGGCAACUCCUGACAAUGAUUAG